AUGUCAAACAAAAUGGAAAGAAAGAAUACCAACUACGAUUGUUUAACGUCAUCUGUUAAUAAUAAAGUACUAAUAAAAAUGCAAAAUAUGAACCAAACUUUAGACAAGGAACUCACUUUAAAUUUACCUAUAUCUAUUGAACCUAUCAUUACAAAAGACACUAACACAAUAGAAAUCAACUCUGUUGAGAAAAGUUCAACCAACAACUUUGAUAAAGGAAAAGAUCCUGAGACUCUCACUCUAAAAACUACUGUACAAAAAACCAUUAUGAACAUUGAUGAGUUUUUUGACAUAUCAGAAAAUAUUUUAGAUAUCUUAACUCUUGGUUUUGAAGCACCUUCAACUUAA